AUGGGCCUCUUGUGUCAGAGCCCUGACUUCCGCGAGGAAAAUCAAGACAUUCCUGUCUGUAACGCGCGAUACCCGAAGCUGCGGACCUGUUACAAGCGAAUUUCAUCCUCUGUCUGCCUUAAACCGCGACGAAACAUGACGGGUCUGGAAAUCGCACGGAUCGAUGUUUUCCAAGUUGACCUGCCAUACGCAGGAGGUGUCUAUCGUCUAUCUGGGGGCCGGAAUUAUACCAGUUUCGACGCCACGAUUGUUCGGAUCACGACCCAGAACGGACUUGAGGGCUGGGGGGAAAGCACCCCUUUCGGCUCUACUUUUGUCGCGUCCCAUGCCCUUGGGGUCAGAGCUGGUAUAGCUGAAAUUGCCCCCAAGCUGAUCGGGCUGGAUCCGCGAAGAGUCGAUCGUAUCAAUGAUGCUAUGGAUGCUGCACUCAUCGGUCACGCACAUGCCAAAACAGCGAUCGAUGUUGCCUGCUGGGAUAUAUUUGGGAAGUCAGUUGGACUUCCUGUCUGCGAGCUAUUGGGCGGUCGCACUGAUGCUAGGUUGCCGAUUAUUUCGUCCAUCCCCGUGGAUGAUCCGGAGGCCAUGCGCAAAAACGUGGCUGAUCAUCGGAAAAGAGGGUACAAAGGGCACUCGGUCAAGAUUGGAGGUGAACCUGCAGCUGACGCCGCGCGCAUCGCAGCGUCUCUCGCUGACAAGCAGCAUGACGAGUUCUUCAUUGUUGAUGCUAAUGGCGGACUGUCUGUUGAAAUCGCUCUGCGAAUGUUGAGGCUACUGCCUGACGGACUGGAUUUCAUCCUGAAAGCACCUUGUCCCACAUGGCGCGAGUGUCUCUCUCUCCGCCGAAGAACCGAUAUACCCAUGAGCAUAGACGAACUUGCAACCGAUGAGGUGUCCAUUGUGCAGCUUGUUGCGGACGAUGCGGCAGAAAGCAUUGGGUUGAAAGUUUCCAAGACGGGUGGUCUAACCAGGUGCCGCCGUGUGCGGGAUAUUGCUCUGGCCGCAGGCUAUACGACAAGUGUACAGGAAACGACGGGCUCAGAUAUUGCGUUUGCGGCGAUAGUUCACCUGGGGCAGACGGUCCCAGUGCGAUCAUUGCGUUGCAUUCUUGAAAGUCGGGAAAUGGUCACGCUCAAGACGGCGGACGGCGCGUUUGAUGUACACGAUGGCUAUAUCUCAGCGCCCACCACGCCGGGCCUAGGAAUUGAACCUCGCUUAGAUGUGCUGGGAGAACCUGUCGCUAGCUACGAUUAA